AAUACAUAAUCGCGACUUAAAAGCCGACCGCAGUUCUAUUGAUGCAGUCACUCAACGUAAAAGCCUCAAAGCAGUCGGUCUACCUCAUUCUAACGCUCAAUCCCGCACAAUUCAGUCCAAUCCAAUAAACUAUGAAACUAUUGUGCCUUCUGUUCUUUCUUAGCCAUUGGCUGAUGGCUGUUCGCGGAGCCAGUAUAUCCGGUGUCGAAGUGCCAGUGGAAGUUCCCGAGGAGGAGAUCGAAACAUCUAGGAAUACAAGCAGCAACUCCACCCUAAAGCUCGUGCAUGUGCUAUUUCGUCAUGGUCCUCGCACCCCAGUCAGUACUUAUCCCAAAGAUCCCUACAUCAACGAAACAUUCGAGCCCUAUGGCUGGGGACAUUUAACCAAUCCUGCCAAGGUGGAGCUCUAUAAAAUAGGAAAACAACUGCGUGGCCGCUAUAGAGAUUUCUUAGCGCCCUACUAUCAACCCGAUAUGAUCCAGGCUCAAUCAUCGGCAUCGCCACGUACCAUGAUGUCAUUGCAAAUGGUGCUGGGUGGACUCUUUCCCCCGGAAAACACGCCUAUGGAGUGGAAUCUAAUGCUCAACUGGCAGCCCAUACCAAUCCUGGUAGAGCCUGAGGAAACGGAUGUUCGCCUGAGAAUGAAGGUUCCGUGUCCCCGCUAUGACGAGGCCGUACAGGAGGUGAUGAACAGCCCCAAGGUGAAAGAGUUUCAUUCCCAAAACUCAGAGUUGCUGCAGGAACUGACCGAGAAGACGGGACUGAAUGUCACCUAUGCCCAUGAUGUGACCAACGUGUUCAUUACGCUACUCGCGGAGCAGGGUUACGGCCUGGAUCUGCCUGAAUGGACCAAGGAGUACUUUCCCGACAGAAUGCUGCCUCUGGCAUCCCAGUCCUACAUCUAUGACGCGUACACUCCCGAGCUGCGCAAGCUGAAGGGCGGCUUUUACCUGGAUCACAUCUUCGAGCAAAUGCAGUCGAAGAUCUCCGGCAAGAUGGAGCCCUCCGCUCGGAAGAUGUACCUUUCCUGCGGCCACGAUUGGACCAUUACAAACGUUCUGUCUGCUCUCGGAGUGUGGGAGCCGCAGAUGCCACGAUUCUCUGCCCUCAUAGCGUUCGAGCUGCGGCAGCGUGACGAUACGGGGGAGUACUACGUUGAGAUCUUCUUCCAAAAUGAUCCCGACAAGGAGCCCGAGCAGCUGCAGGUUCCGGGCUGUGCCCAACAGUGUCCCAUUGAGAAAUUGCUGGAGCUGACAGAGCACGUCCUACCAGACGGCUCCUACGAGCAGCUGUGCAUGGCCAAAAGCGCCGCUGAUGUGGCAAAGAUCAGCUAUAACAACUGAUUUGCGCUCAUCGUUUGGCGGGUCGAAUGAUGAUGUUUUAUGCAGUAUUAAGAUUAUAUAAAGUAUCUAUUUUAUCUCUACAAUUUU